UCUGGCACCCGGCCCGGAAGUCUGUCCUGCCCCUUCCCUGUGACUCUGCAAAACAGUGGGGCGGAGGCCGUGACGAUGACGAUGGCUGGGCAAGGAGGAAGUAGAGGGGUACGACUGGGCGCUGCACUGCUCGGGGCAGAGCGGAGGGCUCGGCUGAGCAGGACAGAGGAAAGCCAAGGCCGGCUGGCAGCCACAGCCAUGGAAGAGGCUGAAGACAGGAGCAUCCAUACCCAGCACAUCUCGGCCGUGCACAACGUGCCCAUGCGGGUCCUCAUCCGGCCCAUCCCGGCAGUGCUGGAGCCGGGAAAGGUGCAGAGCCUGAUGGAGACCCUGCAGGAGGAUCCCGAGCGGGUGCCCCCCAUCGAUGUGCUCUGGAUCAAAGGCAGUGAGGGCGGCGAUUACUUCUAUUCCUUCGGGGGCUGCCACCGCUAUGCUGCCCACCAGGCACUCCGCCGGGAGACCAUCCCCGCCAAGAUCAUCCCCUCCACCCUCAGCGACCUCCGUACCUACCUCGGCUCCUCCACGCCUCACCUGCGCUAGCCCAGCACCCCGAGGAUGCCCAUCAGCCCCUUCUGUCCCUGUUGGUUCCGACCCGUGAGCCCGUGAUGAGGAUGUGGUCGGCGUCCCCAGCCCUGGGGAGUCCCCGUGGUCCCUCCAGCCGGGAGAGGUCAGGGUCCCCAGAGUUGUAGGGUCUCCGGGGUUCCUCCAAGGGGGAUAAGGUCAGGGUCCCCACACUUGGAGGGUCCCCGGGGUCCCGGCAGCCGGGACGGGUCAGGCUCUCGCCGGUACCGGGAGGCGUCCGGCGGGGCCGGCAGGUGGCGCUAUUGUGCCGCGCUGCGCCGCCCGGAGCGACCGCGCGGACCGGGACGGGCCGGGAGGAACCGGGAUGGGGGGAACCGGGACGGGAUGAACCGGGAUGGGGGGAACCGGGACGGGAAGAACCGGGACGGGAUGAACCGGGAUGGGGGGAACCGGGACGGGAGGAACCGGUUUGGGGUGGGAUGAACAGGAGCAUAGCGCAAUCGGGAAUAGGUGAACUGUGAUGGAACAGGCUAAACCGGGGCACGGCUCAACCGGGAAUAGCUGAACCGGGAUGGAAUGGGCUUAAUCGGGGCAUGGCUCAAGCGGGAAUGGCUGAACCGGAGCACACUGGAACUGGGACAAGUCACAGCUCAUUCGGGGCACAGCUGAACCGGGAAGGGGUACGGUUAAACUGGGACACAACAGAAUCAGGACACAGCGAAGAGACACAGCCAACCUGGCAUGGUCAGUCCCCAGCCCUCCCUCAGUGACUCUGGGCUCACCAGUGGUCCCAGUCUCCGUGGGGAACAUCUCCAAAACCCAGUGGUGGGGACAGCCACUGCCGCUCCUGGAAUAAAGAUGGUCAAAACCC